GUUCAGGCAAGAAACGGAUACGGCAAAAUGGGAAAAAACGGUGUUGUGCUAAUAUUCAUUUGCAUUCUCGCGACCAUUGUGAGUUGUGAGAAGGCUCGUUUCGAUAACUACCGAGUGUUUACGGUUGGUGUAGACAGUGAAGAUCAAAUAAAAGUAUUGCUUGAUUUGGAAAGGAUGUCUUCAUCAGGCUAUGACUUCUGGACUAGUCCUACUAAAAUUGGUCGAUCUGUAGACAUUAUGGUGCCCCCACAUAAGUCUGCGGAAUUUGAAGAAGUUAUGACAACGUAUCGGUUUAAUACGGCAUUGAAAGUUGAAAACGUUCAGGAGCUCAUUGACAACGAACAGCCAAAAUUUAGAGCCAGAGAUGGUGAAUUUGGAUGGACACAGUAUCAUACCCUUGAGGAGAUCUACGCUUGGUUGGACUUGAUGCUGGAACAAUACAGCACCGUCCUAACACCUAUCGAUGCAGGAAACAGUUUCGAAGGACUACCAAUUAGAGGAGUUCUACUAUCUUAUCGCGAAGGAAAUUCUGCGGUCUUCAUUGAAUCAAAUACUCAUGCUAGAGAAUGGAUUACAUCUGCCUCAGUCACGUAUAUCCUGAAUGAAUUCCUAACAUCAACUGAUCCUGCUAUCCGAAAUAUUGCUGAAAGUUACGACUGGUACAUCUUUCCCAAUGUCAAUCCUGAUGGAUUCAGAUUUUCUCAUGAGAAUAAUCGAAUGUGGAGAAAGACACGAUCCCGCAAUGGUUUAAUCUGUAGAGGAGUUGAUCCAAACCGAAAUUGGGGUCACCAAUGGCAAGAUGGAUCAGGCCCUGGUGCAAGCAAUGACGUUUGUUCAGAGACAUACGCCGGACCUCAAGCAUUCUCAGAACCAGAAACCAGACAAUUGGCUGACUUUGUCCUUCAGCACGUUGACCACAUCAAAGUUUAUUUGAACUUCCAUUCAUACGGUCAGUGGAUUUUGUAUCCCUGGUCCUAUACAGAAGACCCAGCCGAUAAUUAUGAUGAUCUCCGAGAAAUAGGAUUUGCAGCAAGUAGUAAACUAAAAGAGUCUUAUGACUCGGACUAUACAGUUCAGAGUUCAUUCGAUCUCUAUAUCUGUACUGGAACUAGCGUUGAUUGGAGCUACGGAGCGGCUGGUAUAAAAGUCGGAUACACCUAUGAAGUUCGUGAUACAGGACGUUAUGGAUUUAUUCUCCCGGCUGAUCAAAUUAUUCCUAACGCUAUUGAAGUCUUGCAAUCAUUAGUCGCUCUACUUGGGAAAUGUGAAGAUUUGGGUUACAUGACGCUUUGAAGGACUCAUGCAUGCUUCUAUAAAAUGAUUGACAAACUAUAUCUUCACCUUAUGUAAAAGAAACCAUUGAACAAAUACAAAUUAAACAAAA